AUGCCUUCCGAAAAUGGCUCGUUGCCGUUGGAAGGGUUAUUUGGUCAGUGUCGCUUCGCCGACGUUCCAAAGCUCAAGGCGAUAUUCUACGCAGAGUUCGACAUUGAUAUUGGGCCUGUGAUACGUUACCAGAUUCCUGAGGAUCAAACUGUAGUAUCUCCAGAGCGUUUUUCCGCGUUUUCGGCUGCCAUAAUUCCGAAGGACGAAAUGCUGAAUCGUCUGAUCAAGUUGAAUUUCAGAGAUUACAAAGUCAUGGGUCACCCUAUAGGGCUCAAGCAUGAAACGUGGUACGGGCGUGGCCAACUAAAUUUCAACAUGUGUUUUGUCGUAGCAAGGGAAUCUACCAUUGAUUGUAUGUAUGAGCCUCUUGUUCAGAAAUUCGCCGAAUACCUUGUCGAUUUAGAAAUGGAGUGCGGUUUCCUUCAUAUACCCGAGAAACGCGCUCAAUUACCUGCCAUAAUGAGUAAAGUGUUCACAGAUCUCAACACAUGUGGAGAAUGCGUAUUUCCUGUUACCGAUCUGAUCACAUUGUACCUGAAGUCGUGCCCGUCCUACAGUGGUGUAGAACCUCCAAAGAUUUGU